AUAACGCGAACUCAGCCGCGGCAUUUUUAACUGGAUGGACAGGCUGCAGAUCCGCCCUCUCUUUCCACAUUUCUGUGCGAGGAAACUGAUGGGGCUCGCUAGCCAGGCUGCUCUAGAGCUGCUGUGGCUGUCGGUGCCCGAGCAAAGUCUUUGGUGGUCGUCGGCCUCAUGAGCGGACGACAAAGAACGCUUUUCCAGACGUGGGGCUCGAGUGUUUCCCGAUUCCCCAGGGCUUCCGGUGGCAGCUCAGGAGCCGAGCGGCCUCAGGGCUCUGGCAGCUCCGAGCCACGUUUGCCUGCAGCGGCCCAGGCUCAGCCAGAGUCGGACGAUGACGUGCUGCUGGUCGCGGUGUACGAUGCUGAGCGGCAGCAGAGUCUGGAGAAUGGCGGCUUCUGUACCUCUGCGGGCGCCCUGUGGAUUUACCCUACCAACUGCCCGGUGCGGGACUACCAGCUGCACAUCUCCCGGACCGCUCUGUUCUGCAACACACUGGUGUGUCUGCCCACAGGGCUGGGGAAGACCUUCAUUGCCGCCGUCGUCAUGUACAAUUUCUACCGCUGGUUCCCUUCGGGCAAGGUCGUUUUUAUGGCCCCCACGAAACCUUUGGUGACACAGCAGAUCGAGGCUUGCUAUCAAGUGAUGGGUAUCCCGCAGACCCAGAUGGCGGAAAUGACAGGUUCUACUCAAGUUUUCACCAGGAAAGAAAUAUGGUGCAAUAAGAGAGUGCUUUUUCUUACACCUCAGGUCAUGGUAAAUGAUCUUACUAGAGGAACUUGUCCUGCUGCUGAUAUAAAGUGUUUAGUCAUUGAUGAAGCUCAUAAGGCUCUUGGAAAUUAUGCUUAUUGCCAGGUUGUAAGGGAACUGGUCAAAUAUACAAAUCACUUUAGAAUCUUGGCUCUUACUGCCACACCAGGUAGUGAUAUAAAGGCUGUGCAGCAGGUUAUCAGUAACCUACUAAUUGGGCAGAUAGAGCUUCGCUCUGAAGAUUCUCCAGAUAUUUUACCAUACUCUCAUGAAAGACGAGUUGAAAAGCUUGUCGUCCCUCUUGGUGAGGAACUUAUAGCCAUUCAAAAGAUGUAUAUCCAGAUUUUGGAAGCAUUUGCCAGUCCCCUGAUUCACAGGAAUGUUUUGAUGAGAAGGGAUAUCUCCAAUCUGACAAAAUACCAGAUAAUUCUGGCAAGAGAUCAGUUUAGGAAAAACCCAUCUCCAGAUAUUGUGGGAAUACAACAAGGCAUAAUUGAGGGAGAAUUUGCCAUUUGUAUUAGUUUAUAUCAUGGUUAUGAAUUAUUGCAACAAAUGGGAAUGAGAUCAUUAUAUUUCUUCCUUUGUGGAAUUAUGGAUGGAACAAAAGGAAUGACACGGGCAAAAAAUGAACUUUGCAGAAAUGAGGACUUCGUGAAACUCUAUCAUCAUCUAGAGUGCAUGUUUGCACAUGAUACUUCUGCUGUCCACAGAGAAGAUAAAGAUAAAAAGAUUUUCUAUAGUCAUCCAAAAUUGAAGAAAUUAGAAGAAGUUGUAGUUGAACACUUCAAGUCAUGGAAUGCUCAGAACACCGCUGAAAAGAAAUGCAGUGAGACCAGAGUUAUGAUCUUCUCUUCAUUUCGAGAUAGUGUUCAGGAAAUUGCAGAAAUGCUUUUAAAGCAUAAGCCAAUUAUUAGAGUAAUGACUUUUGUUGGCCAUGCUUCAGGGAAAGGCAUGAAAGGUUUUACCCAGAAGGAGCAACUGGAGGUAGUGAAACGAUUUCGUGCUGGUGGUUUCAAUACACUGGUUUCCACCUGUGUUGGAGAGGAAGGUUUGGAUAUAGGGGAAGUUGAUCUCAUCGUGUGUUUCGAUGCCCAGAAGAGCCCCAUCCGACUCAUACAGCGAAUGGGUAGGACUGGACGCCAACGUCAGGGCAGGAUUGUUGUUAUCCUUGCUGAAGGACGGGAAGAACGCACCUACAAUCAGAGUCAGUCCAACAAAAGAAGUAUUUAUAAAGCUAUUUCAGGUAGCAAACAAGUGCUUCAUUUUUACCAAAGAAGUCCACGAAUGGUUCCUGAUGGAAUCAACCCAGAACUACACAAGAUGUUCAUCACACACACCACCUAUGAGCCCGAGAAGGCUGCUCGGAAUAUGAAAUGGAAGUCUUCUCUCUUUUCCUGUAGGAAUGGUCUAAGACAAAAUAACUCAAAUGAAGAUUGGUUCUUAACAGAAGAAGAAUUUAAAUUAUGGAACAGACUCUAUAGAUUAAGAAACAGUGAUAAAAUUAAGGAGAUAACAUUGCCUCGAGUUCAUUUUCCAUCUUUACAGGAAGCAGAAAAUGGACCAGUUCAAGAACCAACGACUGGAAUUCAUCAACUCUCUCUAGCUGAAUGGACAUUAUGGCAAGAUCAUCCCUUACCUGUACACCUGGUGGACCAUUCAGAGCGAUGCCACCACUUUGUAAGCAUUAUGCAAAUGAUAGAACGGAUGAGACAUGAAGAGGAUGAAUGCAACUAUGAACUGGAAAUGAAAUCGUAUUUACAAAUGGAGGAUGUUAGCUCAACAUUUCGCACUCCUGGGAAUCCUGCUAGUGAUGCCUUUAUUUCUCACGAGAGAUCUUCAUUUACAAAGAAUGUAAAUCAAGUCAGUUCAUUCUCAAUGAUAGAAUCUGAAGAAUGUAAUGAAAAUUUUAAACAGACUCACAUCAAACCUACUAAAAUUGUUUCUUUAAUAAAAACAGCUUCUAAAGAAAUCAAAAAGGAUCAACCUAACAAGCAAAAUAAUAGUGAUAGAGAUUUUUUAAAUACUGGCGGAAAUUCUCCUGUUGAACAUAGUUUUCAGGUAGAUAUAGCAGAUGAUAAAAGGUCAUCAGAUAGAAAUGGAGUUGUUACCACAUGUAGUAUUAGUGAAAAAGUUAUUGAUCAGCCUGAUAUAUCAUUAAUAGAGGACCAAUUUACAAAUAAAUCUAUUAUUUUAUUUGCCGGGAGUUUUUUAGAUUCUGGUUAUGGUAGUUUCAGUGAUGAGAAAUCUGUUUCAUCCAAUUUAUUUCUUCCAUUGGAGGAAGAGCCUCGUGUAUCUAGAACAAAUGAUCAAUUUCAUCUUUGUCACACACAGACAAAGGAGGUACUAGCUAAUGUAAAGAGAUUUUUGUCUCAUUCUCCUCCACCUCUCAGUACAAUCUCAGACUUGGAAUAUGAAAUUAUGAAACUGGAGAAUUUGUCCUUUCCACCUGACACAGAGCAUUCACAAAAUUGUAAGUCUGCCUCUUUGAUGUCAUAUUCAGCUCUGGAUUCUCAACAAAAUUUAGAAUUGGAUUCACUUAAAAUUAGUAAUCAACUUUCUGAAAGAAACAGUCUCUUUGAUGCAAAUAAUGAUAUGAUUGUUGAUGAGCCAUACUUACUUGACAGGGGUGUUAAAGUGCAUAAGAAUAUUAAAAAUGAAAAUUUAUUGUCCAGCAAUCAUGGUGAAAUUCACAAAGAUCCUUCAGAGAAUUUAGUUGACAAGAACGAUCAUGAAGUUGGUAAUGAUUUCCCAGUAUUGACCAUGGAUCAGAAUGAGAGUUUACUACUGUUUGAAGAUUUUAAUGAAGAAUUCAAUGAUGUGAGCCCUUCUCCCUUGAAAAGUAAUUACAAAUCUUUUUCUGUAUCAGACAAAACUCUUAUAAGUGAAAUAGCGCCAGUCUCUCAAUUCUUAAUUUCUGAUGAACUUUUGUUGGAUGAUAAUUCUGAACCUCAAAAUCAAAUAACUCAUGUUACUAGUAAUAGCGUGUCGAACACAGAUUUGAAAGAUAUGCAUGAGGAAGAACUGAAGAGUGAUGAAUAUAGUUUUGAUUGCUCUAGGGAUUUAUUUUCUGUUACCUUUGAUUUAGGAUUUUGCCCAGAUUCUGAUGAUGAAAUAUUAGAACAUACAUCAGUUACAAAUAACAAUAGAAUUCUAGAUGAUCUGUCUGGAAAGUAUUUAGAUAUUAAGAAGAUAAAGGAUGAAAAUAAUGUUUUGAAUCAAUCAAGAGAUCAUGUUGAAAAUUUUACAAGUGGAACCAUACCUAUCCCAUCAAGUAAAGAUACACAGAGUCCAAAUUUUGCACAUUUUCCCGAGAGUGCAACAGCAGUGAAAGAAUUUGUAUCUCCUGGUUUUUCUCAGUUUUCUUUGCCAGUAGGAGAAAAAACUAUGAGCACACCCCUCUCCAAAUCAAACACAUUGAACUCAUUUUCUAAGGUAAGAAAGAAAAUACUCAAGACACCAGAUUCUAAUAAGAAAAAAGAAAACCUACACAAUUUUAAAGAAACACUGAAUUCAGCUUUUGAUGAUUCAGGGUUUUCUCCAAGAAAUACUAAAAGUAGUGAUCAGAUCUGUGGGAAUCAGUCCUGUCAUUCUGCUGGAGGUGAACAAUUAUUAAUAAACAGUGAAAGUGAAGAUGAGGUUUUUCUACAAAGACGUAAAAAGCGGAAAGGAAAUGUUUUGAAAUCACCUGAGGAUCAGAAAAGUAGUGAAAUUGAUUCUCCGGUUCAUGCUGUCAAAAAGCGCAGGGUUCUUAGAUCUGAAUUAUCAUCUAGUGAUGAGAGUGAGAAUUUUAACAGACCAAAUCUACAAUCAGAAGACUCUAAGAAUUGUAAUAGGAAUGCUAGAAGAGGCAUCAAAGCACAAAAUAGUCACCAAAAGCAUGUCGCUAGGAUGUUUCUGGAUGAUGAAGCAGAACUUUCUGAAGAAGAUGCACAAUGCGUUUCAUCAGAUGAAAAUGAUGACUCAGAAAAUGAACAAGAUUCCUCGAUGUUGAACUUCUUAAAUGAUGAAGCUCAACUUUCACAGGCUGUAAAUGAUUCCGAAAUGAGAGCUAUUUACAUGAAAUCUUUGCGUAGUCCCUUGAUGAGCGACACGUACAGAAUGCUCCAUAAGAAGCAUAACAUUGUAAACAUUUUCUCACAGAUUCCUGAACAAGAUGAAAGCUACUUAGAGGACAGUUUCUGUGUUGAUGAAGAGGAGUCUAGUAAAAGCCAAUCAAGCGAAGAAGAAGUUCAUGUUGAUUUUAACUUAAUAACUAAAGAUUAUCUUAUGAGUGGGAGUAGAAAGUACACAACCCGACGUGCAGUAAAGCUACAGCAGAUGAAGGUGAAGCAGAGUUCUGCACAUUCAAAAAAGAAGUUAUCUAGAAUCAUUCUACCAGAUGAUUCAAGUGAGGAGGAAAACAGUGUAGCUGGUGAAAGAGGAUCGGAUACUGUGGUUAACUCAAGCACAGUGGACAAGAACAGUCACCGGGAGGAUCUUGUGGAUCUAAAGCCUGCUGAGGCUUCGGUGCAGCUGGAGGUCCUCUCUGAUCCAAGGGUGGAUCAUGCUCCAGAGGACCCUAGCACUUCAGGGCCACACCGAUCCAAUGCAGGGCCUCAUUUGGCAGAGCCACACACUUCUCUUGGAUUUGCACAGGAAGAAAAAAGAACCUGUAUUCUUGUAGAUAGUCGUGAAAUCACUUCUGGUUUCAAAGUAAUUUCUUCCCUACGAGUAGCGCAUGGGUUCCAUGUGGAGGUCUGUCCUCUUAAUGGCGGUGACUACGUUGUGAGUAACCGCAUGGUGGUGGAAAGGAGGUCUCAGUCUGAGAUGCUGAAUGUGGUCAGCAAGAGCAAGCUCAUUAAGCAGAUCCAGCACCUGCAGAGCAUGUUUGAAAGAAUCUGUGUGAUCGUGGAAAAAGAGAGAGAAAAAACAGGAGAGACAUCAAGAAUGUUCAGGAGAACAAAGAGCUAUGACAGUCUGCUGACCACCUUAAUUGGUGCUGGAAUCCGAAUUCUGUUCAGUUCCUGCGAAGAAGAAACUGCAGAUUUGUUAAAGGAACUGUCUUUGGUGGAACAAAGAAAGAACGUCGGUAUUCAUGUCCCAACAAUGGUGAAUAGUAGUAAAUGCGAUGCACUUCAGUUUUAUUUAAGUAUUCCCAAUAUAAGUUAUAUAACUGCAUUGAAUAUGUUCCAUCAGUUUUCAUCUGUGAAAAAGAUGGCUAACAGCUCACCUGCAGAAAUCUCCAUGUAUGCACAAGUGACUCAUCAAAAAGCCGAGGAAAUUUAUAGAUACAUUCACUAUGUAUUUGACAUGCAAAUGUUACCAAACGAUCUUAACCAAGAUAGACUGAGAUCUGAUUCAUGAUCAGAGCACUCAAGAUGCUGUUACUGAAUUCUCACAAUACUAAUGCACUUCAACCAUUGUGGUUUGUGAUUAUCAGUUUAAAACAUGUAAAUAUUUCCUUAUGACUUAAAGAUAUUUUUUGUAUUUUUAUUUAUAUGCAAUAUAUAAGUUAUUAAAAAAGGGAAUGUGUUGUGCAAUAUCAUUUUGACUAAAGUAUGAAACUAACCUUUUUUUUUGGAUCUCUUUUUGAGGCAGCAUUUCACUAUCUGGUUCAGGCUGGCCUUGAACUCACUUUAUAGCCCAGGCUGGCCUUGAACUUGAGGUGAUCCUUGUGCCUCAACAUCCUGAGCUAGGAUUACAAGUGUGCCCACCGCACCCGGUCGAAAUUAACUUUUAAAAUUAAAUCAACAUUUGUUAAAAGUGCUGUUGAGGGUAGUUUAAUAACCAGGUGUUAUGACUUAUGACUGGGUCUCUGCAAAGCUUCAGUUGGUGUUAGGUGGGGCUUUUCAUAGGUGGCUGGAUUUAGUUUUUGCGGUGCUAGGAUCAAGGGUGUGUGAUUACUAAAUUAGUCCACUGAUUGGUUUGGUGAAUUCAGCAUGUAGGUGAUAAGAAGACCCACCUCUGGUGCGAGCUACCUUUCUUAAGGGUGCGCAGAAAGAGGGCUGCUGUGGUCGCUUUUCAGUUGCUGUUUGCUUGCAGUUGCUUCUAAGCUACUUCACUGCCACAGACUGCUUCUCCUUUGUGAUGCCAUUGCCUCGGAGCCAGCCGACUAUGCACUGAAACCUCUACAAACCGUGAGCCAAAUAAACCUUUUCUCCUUUAA